CAACAACACGACCAUCUGUAGUGUAGAUUCACACCUCUUCCUCCACGUUUCUACACCUGUGAUUAAAUAAGAAUCACACAAUGGACAGUGGAAUGAAUUGUGAAUGAACUCAGGUUCUUGUCAAUAAGUUACUGGUUUCUGCACUUGUUCAUGCUUCAUCAAUCGUAUCAAUAUGUAAACUUUAGGACUGACUAAAUGGCAGAGGUGGCAAGUAUUUACUAAAUCAGCAUGAGUGUUAUCUAGUUGGUCUGGAACUGUAAGCAUUCAAAGAAGAACAAUACAAUUCGGACUGAGAGAAAGUAAAAGUAAAGAUACGACAAAACCGGUGAUCUGCUGCUGUUCUGCUUAUAUCCCCCUCACCUGACUGGUUGUAAGAUACGAAUUUGUACCUGGACAGGUGCUAAAAGCUUUGGAUGACCACUUCAUGAGAAAUAGCUGCAAAUUGGAAUGAUCACAACAUGGGCGGCUCGUUAAGUUCUCCACAUUAUAGCACGUUGUAUCUGCUAUUUACUGUCAUCUGCAGCAUUUUACACUAUACUGAACAAGGAGCCUUGUUUGGUAACGAUGCAGCUCCACUAUAUGGGCCCGAUGAUCAAGUUUAUAUAUUAAACUCUACAACGAUUAAGGACCAUAUUUAUGGCUCUAGCAGGGCGUGGGUAGUAGAGUUCUAUUCUAGCUGGUGCGGUCACUGCAUUCAUUUCGCCCCCAAAUGGAGACAAUUUGCUUUAGACCUUAGCCCAUGGCAAAAUAUUCUGGUCAUUGCUGGCAUUGAUUGUGCUGAUGAUAAUAAUGUAGCAAUUUGCAGAGAGUAUGAAGUCAUGGGAUAUCCAUCGAUAAGGUUUUUUCCCCCUCACUCUCCAAUGACCAAAAAAAUCACAAAGGAGAAGGAAAUAGUUGACGACUUUUACCGUGGGAAUCCAGUCGAUCGAUCAGAAAAUGUUGCUGAUUUGAAGAGAAGUAUGAUUGACAUGACGAUUCCUUAUUUGCACAACUACUAUCAAAUGUCAGAUUCCACCACACCAUCCGUGUCGGAUUCAACUUCUCUGUGGGAGUUUAUUAAGACUAAAACCAUAUCUCCGACUGCUCUCCCUUCAAUUGCAAUUCUAGUUUUUGAACCGGAAGAAUCAUAUGUUACGAAAGAAGUUGCAAUGACGAUGAGCAAGUUCCCUUCCGUUAUAAUAUUCCGAUUUACUAAGAAAAACGCUCUGUUCUCUGAACUCAAGUUGGAAGGGUGGCCUGCCGCUGGUUAUGUCAAAAGCGAUCAUUCGUCGGGAAGUAUGCCAUUUCCAAAGAAUAAAAAUAUCCCAAAUUACUUGGUAAAAAUGAUGGCGGACAUUGCGAACAUUCCUAUCGACCUAUUUUCUUCCACCUCUAAUAUUCGUGACAAUAUUAAGUCAGAGGCAAAGGUGAUGAUCAACGAGGAUGCAAUGUCCAAUAAUCUUGAGGAGCCCAGCACUAUAAGUGUGGUGAGCAUUGAGGACCUUCUUCACGGAAUGAGAAAUUCAUUAAGGAAUGAAGUUGGUCUUUUCAAGCAACUUGCGGGAGAUAAGCUUCAAGCUCUGAAAAAUUAUGUCCAUACGCUUGCAGAGUUUUUUCCUGCAGAUCGACGCGAAACUUUGCUAUUUUUAUUGAAGCUGAGCACAUGGCUUGCACCCAUGGAACAAAUUGAUGAUACAACUUAUAUGGACAAAUUAACCGAGUUGGAAGUUGAAUUGCAUCCAUGGGACAUCGACUUUAAGACUUGGAGCAACUGCAAGGGCUCCAUACAAGGCAGAAGAGGUUAUCCUUGCAGCAUGUGGAGUUUAUUUCAUACACUCGCCGCAGUUGCAUUUCAAAAAAAUCAACAAUUUCCAGUAUUGGAUGCCAUACAUGGAUACGUGAAAGAAUUCUUUGGUUGUAAAGAGUGUUCUGGUCAUUUCACAAAAUUAGUCGCUGAUGAUGGUGCAUUAAUGAUUUCUUCGAUACGAGAUCAAGUCUUGUGGCUCUGGAAGGCUCAUAAUAAAGUUAAUUUAAGAUUGAAGGGCACAUUAAGUGAGGAUCCUGUAUACCCAAAAAUUCAAUAUCCCAGUGAGACACAAUGUCCAGAGUGUUACGGGAAGGAGACAAUCUUUGAUGAAGAAAAGGUGCUGCAGCAUUUGCUCACGGUGUAUUCGAAACCUGAAAGAACUUUACAGCCUAUACAAUCUUCUCCUGAUCGACUAUAUGCAACGAACGAUGGAGGGCACAAGUCGCCUGGAUUUUUUAGUGGAACCGACUAUUGGCUGUUUUGCAUCGUCUAUUUAAGCGUGGCCCUGUUGCUUAUCUUUGGCUAUGUUCAUUUUAGAAUGAGAAAAGGAGCCAGAUUCGAUAUUUCAUAUUUUAUGUGUAGGAAACUUAAACACCAUUAUACUGGAAAAAAUAAUGUAUAAUAAUUCUUAAUUCAUUAACUAAUUUAAAAAUAACAAAUUUAAAAGUCUAUAAACAUUGACAUAUCUGAACAAUCGGCAUUCUACUUCUACUAAUAUCAUAUAAAUAGACUGAAUCAGUAAGAAUAUAUUACAUUUUGUCGAGUAAGUAUCAGUAAAAAUUCAGGCAAGACUUUUAUGGAGUGUGUUAGACUGCAAAACCAAAUUCCAGUCAACGUAAUGACAUACAUCAUAAGGUUGUAUGAGUUGUGUGACUAUUUACAUGAGGUACGUGUAUAUGAAAUUCACUCAUUUUUCAGGGAGUCUGAUAAAUUAUGAUAUAUAAUAUAUCAUUAUUUUGCACUAUUUUAUUUUAUGCAGAAUCUGUGAUAUGGGUUGUUUAAGGAAGAUUAUAUUCAAAGUAUUUAUGAUAGAUAGAUAUAACAUUGCCAAAUUAUGCUUAACGUGACGACAUAUUUAUAUUGAUUCCGUAGGAGUGGUAACUGAUUUGAUAGUCAAGAACAAAGAGAGUUAUUUGUUUAUAGCUAGACAAAUCACGCGUAUUGGAUACCUCAAUUUAAAUAAUUGUUCAAUAAACCGCUUAAACACAA